CUACCGGUGAAGAAAAGCAAUUUCAUUCUAACUGGUAUUAGUCAUACAGUCAUAGCUUUUCUUAUUUGUUUUGGCACCCAGAGCAGCCAGUACAUUAUCUAACUUGGCUGCUGUGUAUCACAGGUCAUCAAUUCCCACCCAUUUAUUACUGUCCCAAGCCCAGUAGGGACAAAAUGUGUUGUGGAAAGGCACCCUGUUUCAUCUUGCCAAAACAAAGAGCUGCAUAGUGUACUGAUUCUUCUAAUUUCCUAUUCCAUUAGCUAAUAGUAGGCUUUGUCAAAUACUUGUUUAAACUCAUAUAUCAAUUUUGGGAUCAACAACAAACAAGUACUGUUUCUCUUUAUUCAUCUUCUUCAGGAUGUGACUUGAAAGUAAGAUAUCUUUUUCUUUUCAUUCUUAGUGUCAUCUGGAAGGCACUGAUUCCAUUAUGUUUGCAAAUCAUAUAAAGAGUCUAAUGGCAUCUUUUCCUUCUGAAUCUUCCUUUUUUUUUUUUUUUUUCUGAGCCUUAAAUCUGAUCUCGUAAAAGGAUUGUACUUGUUUUCCAGCUUUUUAGACAAGCCGCUUAGUUAACGAGUAUUUGCUGGUUAUUUUGCUGCUUAUGUGCUGCUUCGGUCUUCCAAGUCGUGAAUAUGUUUUUCUGCUUCAUUUAAUCUAUCCCAAACUUAAUCCAACUUGGAGGUUUUUUUAUUCUGCAUAUGUUCAGUCCUUGCAGAAGCACUGUUGUGACAAUCUUUAAUUUUAGUGAUUGUUUCACUGUUUGCAAGAUUGCCUAGGUUUUCUCAUUUGAUGUAACCACACAGGAACUGUGUCUGUGGUUAAAGAGUGGGAACUGUUGACACAGAAGGCUUGCUCCUUAGAAAUGUGGGAUUAUAAACAUAAUAUCGCUCACAAAAACAGUGUUGUCUUUGUCCUUCUUUUUUUUUUUUUCUGGAACCUGUUUGUCUGUAAUCUCUUACAGAUGCCGAAAUUACAAAGGUUUGGAGGAAAAUAACUGGAGGAGAGAGUAAUGCUCAUGGCAGGCUAACUGAACAAAUGAGCAGCUGUUUAGCAUUCACAAGGGAAAUCAUUUAGAUGUGUGGGUUUUUCCCCCCAUCAUUAAAACCUACAAUUUGAUUUCAAAAGUUACUGCAAGCCAUUGUGUUGAUGUCACAGCAACUCAGUCAAUCAUGAUACAAUUGACUUUGGGUAAUUUGUAAACUGUAAUUUCAUUUGGUUUAAAAAGCAGUAAAUGUUCCCAUGCUUUUUUGUUAUUGAAGUGUGGCAGCUAAUAGAAGAUGUAUUUCUGAAGAAGUAGUGGAGUGACAUUUUGCUGUUUCAGUGAGAGUUUUUACAAAAAUACUGUUUCAGAUGGUGGCAUAUAAAAUUAUUGCUCUACUGUCAGUAAAGAUUUCACCCUUCCUGUUUAAAAAUAUUUUUUUAAAAACAGGGAAAACUGUUUGGAUGCUACCUGUUUAUUUGCAUUUCUACCUUUUUUUUUUUUUCCUCUUUCAUGGCUUUGCAGAAUCUAGAAUCAAAUGUUCAUACCUGAUGCUUCAAAGUGCUCAGCACAAUCACCAAGCUGCUGAGUGCACAGCCCCGUCAGUCUGACUGCAGCGGAAAGGGACAAUGCUACCCUGUCACGAUACCUCUCCAGCUUUCCUUGUGCCAGCAGACAAGAUUGUGCAACUAUGCAGUGAGCUAGCAUACAAAAUUGAUCCAGUUUUCCCAGAAACGUCCCCACAACAUAGAUUUUUUUCUUCAAUUUCCUGAUCCAGCUCACUGUUCUUGCCUUUAAUGCCCGCACUGCGCUAUCUGCACGCAGCCAUGUGCAGAGGGAACAGGGACCUGCCUUUUGGCAGUGAUGCGGGAUGUUCUGCCCUGGGCACCUCUUCCAGCAAAAGUGAGGUUUGAGGAACACCAGCUUGCUGGACCACAGUAUAAACGCAGUUGCCAAUUUGAUUCAGGUUUAGGAAAAGUAACCUUUCCUCAGCAAGACGAAAGGCUCCCGUAUGAACCUACUGACCCAGCUCGCAGCCCGGCACUGUGGGUGGUUCUGAUGGCACUGCGGGGGAGCAGCGCACAGCAGUGGGCAGCGGGGAAGAAGUGCCCGGUGAAGGGAAGUCCUCACGUAAGCUUUGCUGCUGAAGCUAGCAAGCUGGGGGACCAGGCUUCAUCGCACGCGCACCUGGAAGUCAGGGCUGCUCGUGACGGAGCAGCAGCUCAGCCGCAGCCAACAGAAGAUGCGGCCAGGGGGUGCAAGGAGAAGCUGGGGUGGGGCCUUGUAAAGGAAAUGAUUAGCAGCCACUCUCUUCUCUGCGUUUUCAUGUCCUAAGCUUGUAAGUAAUUUCUGUGGAAACUAGCAACCUAUUUAAAAAAACAAACAACGACAACAAAAGGAAAAACAAAAACCAACAGCUCUGGAGAGCUGAGUUACCAGUGUCUGCCCAAGGACAGGUGAAGGCCUGCGAAGAUACUUUGCAGUUCCUGCUGACUGCAAUGAUUCUCAAGCUGGUCAAGAUAGAACUAGGCUGUGUUUGUGGCCUGGAAAAAAUGUUGAGAAAUUUACCAAACUGUAAUCUACUUUGUCAAUCUAGGGAUGCAGAAUUUCAAGCAAAUGUAGAGAUCCUUAUGAAUAGAGGUAGCAAAAGAUACAGAUGCAAAAAGAUUUAUUUUUAUUUAUGGACUCUACUUUUCCAAGGGUUGUAGAUAAGAACCUUCCUGAAAAACAUGUUUUUUGUGUGAUAUUUGACAACAUUAUACAUUAAUAUAAAGUGAGGGUGUGCCAAAUGCUUCCCUGCACAAAACUCUGCAAAGUUGGCAUAGCAGAAAUGGCAGAAGCUGCACAAUGUGUUUCCGAUCUUUCUGACAAAAUAAGCUGCAGUGGCUUCUAAAUCACAUGGAUUAUCUGUCCCUCUGUCUUGCUGUCUCUUAGGCUGCAGACAAAUCUACUUCUCUGACUUGAGCUAUCCUAGUGUCAGGCAAAAAUCUGCUAGGCUAGGUAAAGGUAAGGUGAUGCCGUCUGUGGUGCCAGUGCUAACUUGCAAGGUCCUGCUUCCUCGUCCUCCUCCCUGCAAUGGCUCUUAGCCCUGUUUGUGUGUCUUCACCUUCAGCUUGGCUUGUGAAGCAGACUGUUAAACAUGGAGAGGGCUGCUGCUGAACUGCUUGUGAGUAUGACCAUAAAUGUGUGAAUCAUCACAGCUGAGAGAACUGUGGGUUUUGUUGGUGUACAAGAAAAAGUAUCUCUGCCUAAGGAGGAGUGGGACUUAAUCAAACACCAUAUGUUCUUGCUGUACCCUUAUACUCGCUGUGUGAACUAAGCCAGUUGGCUUCUACCUGAAGUCAUUUAAGAAAUGUUUACACAGAUCGGUCUGUCAGCAGAGCUGUGGGGAGGAAGACGCCAGCAGUGGGUCAGUGAACUUUUCUGUAUUUCUUUUUUUAAAUUAAAAAUAGCAGUAACAAAGCUAGCAUGAAAAUGGAGUAGGUGGAAAUUCUUAAACUUAAAAUACUCCACAAAAGGCAAGAGCAAAGACAGGAGCAUGUGGCAGAAGGUGAGGACAAUUUAAAAUCACCUGUUUCGUUCCGUAAAACAAAGAAUUGGACUCCUGUCUCCUUCCCGACAAUUUGGGCUUUAGGUAGUUAAUGAAAAUAAACCUGUUGUGACUCUGAAAAUGGUAUCUUUCUAACUGUUCAUUUUGCAGCACUGGAGCCAAAAUCGCAUCAGUGGUUUACCUGAUGAUCAAUGGGGCUGUGAUUUAAUCACAGUACUCCAGAUACUUUGGACAGAAUUUUUAAAUCCAGUCUUCAGUAAUUUUUUUCCUGAGUGAAUUGAUGAUUUCUGCAUACUUGGUGCUACUUCAGCUGUCUCCUGCUGAACUUCUGACAUUAGUUGGUAUUGAUUUAUUUUAAUAUCUGAUGGCUUAGUAAAUGUGAUGGUACUUACAGGACACGCUGUUCUGCUACAUUUGGUGUAUGCUAGCUCUCUUAGAAAUAUGAUUUACUGCCUCUCGUGUAACUGUGUGGUAUCAAGAGCAUAUAAUACUGAUCCACAUUUUACAAAACACUUAUUUUGGUGUGUUUAAGUUACACAUGCAGCUAUGUGCUCUUCUGGAUCCAAACUAGAAUGAUUGUUCUCUUGCAGAGCAGUCUUUAAGAGAAAAUCUAAGUGCAUGGGAAGAAGAAUGGCACCAAGACUCUUAUAUGCAAAUAAACAGAUUUUUUUUUCUUGCAUAAUUUGGGUUGACCUGUAUGGAUAUAUGACUCUGUUUUGAAAUAUCUUUCAAAUGGUGGAAAUUGAAAACUUCGGUGUUUUCAUACAGGUUCAAUUGGAAGUGCUGUGCCUUGCCUGGCUCUGGGAGCCAACUGUUGGAAUGCGUUUUGCUAAGUUACCAAGAUCUUAUUACAUCUUAAAUGUCAGGUUUAUCCCAAGAUGCUGUGGAUACAUGAUACACGCUGCCUGUCAUGGCUGCUCGUGAGGAAUUAAGCCGCUGUUGAAGAAACAGCUGGCUUGGGUUGCCAAGUGCUAAUGGAGAGACUUUUAAAGGGAGUAUACAGGGAUCCACAUAUAAACCAAGAUAUCAAAAAAAUAAAAAAUAAAAUGUGUGAACCGGACCAUGGAACAUUGUUUACACCUCAAAGGAUUAGUGAUGUAGAAAAUCUGGUGACUUCUAUGAAAAAUGGUCUAUGCAUCCAGAAGUGUAAACCCAUUGACUACAAACAUCUAUAUGAACUUGCUGCAACAGAAAAAAUGGCAUCAGCAAAAAUUCAAUUAAAGAUUAAAAAAACAGAACAAAUUUCAAAAAUUAACAAAGAGCAAAUGCUGCUGAAACAGCAUCGCCAAGUGUGGUGGCAAGAGCAUAAAAGACUGAGUGAGAACAGGGAAAAAGCAGAAGCAGAAGUAAAGAUUGUUCUUGAUGAAGGAAGUCAUAAGUAUGACUCUUUUUUGGACAUACGGGACUUGGAGCAUAAAUUAUCAAAGGAAUGGGAUGCAUACCAAACAAAUACUGUAGCUCCUAUCUGGCAACUAAGAGAGAAAUUGAAAUUCUGGAUGUCUGAAAUGCAGCAUUACCUCUCAGAAGACUCUUGUCUGAAAUAUAAGUUCAGUCCAGUUGACAUGUUACAGCAGAUUGAAUUUGUGAAGAAGCAACAGGAAGCAAUUCUGGAAUUUCUUAACCUUGAAAGUCUGACUGUGGAAAGAGAGCUUGAAGCCUAUAAAAGAAAAGCUUUAGUGCGUUCUUCUGAAGAAAAAAACAAACUUUUCCAUGAAGUUCCUUCAGCUCUACUAUCUUUGGAGUUCCCCUAUCCAGAUUUGAAGAACUUAAUUAUCAAGGAGUACUGUAAGCUUGCAAAUGAAUACUGGUCUAAGCUUCAAGAGGUUGAUCAACAGCUAAAAGUCGUAUAUAGGAACAGUGAAUGGAAAGAAGAAGAUCAGUGGGUUUUUCAGACUGUUAUCAAUCAGUAUCCAAGUGAUCUUCAGAGAAGAAGGACUUUGUACCUUGAUGUGCUGCAGAGAUACCUUCCUCACAAAUCUAGGCACGAUCUGGUUAUUCAUGAGAGAGCUUGGGAUCAUUACAAUUUCCUUAGAAAUCAACACAGAGUUUUGAUAUUAAAUUGGAUUCAAGCUAGGAAAGCCUUUUUACUUAAGGCGGUGAUGGCUGUUACUGAAGCCUCCGCUGCUCAGGAAGAAGAAGUAGCGUCUGCUGAUAACAAACAGAAGCAACAGGAGAUUUGUGCUGAUCUGAAAGCCAAGGUUCUACAAUGGAGAGCGCAACAGGAGGAGGUAGCUAAACUAGAAGCUGCUAUAGCUGCUAGAAGAAAAGAAAAGGAAGAUGAGAAAGAAAGGCUACGGAAAGAACAGGAAAUGAUUCACAGAGCUCAGGAGAAAGAAAAAGUCAAAAGGUACUGGGCUGAGAAACAGCUCAAGUGUCAAGAACAGGAAGAGAAAGAUCUACAACGUAUGAAGGGAUUAAGAAAAUUAAUGGCUAAACAAGCAAUUAAAGACAGAGAACGGGUAAAGUUUAGACAAGCAUUGCUAGACAAGCGGCUCCUGGAGAAAAAGGAACAAGCCCUUCAAGAAGCACGUGAAGAAGAAGAAAAAGAGAAAUGCCUUGAAGCACUCCGACAAAAGGUUUCUGUUGUUGCAAAAUUAGAUCCAGCUAGAGUAGUGGCUGAUACAGUGACAUCUAAAGCUCGGAUGGGCAUUGGAACCAAGGAAGAGUUUGUUCUUCAAAAGCCACUGUUUAAGUUGCAUACGUUCAGUGAAGAGCAGAGUUCGAGUUGAGUUAGCUCUUCGAGAAGCUGGACUUCAUAAAACACUUUACGCAAAAGAAAUUUUACCAAAAAUUCCUCCACUGAAACUUCCAAGAAGAGAUAUGGAAUCUACGGCUUUUAAAAG